CAGCAGUGCUAACCACUGAACCGUAAUGCCACCAAUGAGUGACUCUUAACUAUCCUCUGAAAUGUCAUAGCAAGCCACACAAUUCGCAGUGAGUAUAGCAGUGUCUCUAUGUCUACAAUCACAUACAACACGAAGGCGAACUCAGCUACAACGACAAAGCAGCGAGGUUGAUUAGUGUGGGGCGCCGUUGGUUCAGAGGAUUCGUGUUUCCCGGGCAACAAAGGAUCAGCGUCCGGAAAGUGAACGCGAGAUGGAAAAAGGGAGAGGGAGAGAAAGGAAAAGGCGUCGGAUGGCCUGAGCAGGGAAUGAGAGGAUAGGACCAAGCCGUGAGCACAGGCUGAGAGAGGGUGGACAAGACACUGGGAGGCUACAAGCUCAGCCUUAACAGACGGAGGAUUGAUCAAUUGAAAAGUAAAAACAUACAUCUAUCAUGGAAGAUGUCCCCAAGCCUGAUCCUCCAGUUGUGGGUAAAGUGACCGAUCACAGUAUUGAACUUUACUGGAAUAAGCACCACCAAUUGCAAGGAUAUAUAGCAUCUAAUCGAGGGCUAUGUUUUUCAAUUGAAGAGGAGGACAUUAAAACACAUACAUUCGGUAACAUAUACACAGGAUAUGCAAAACACCAUGUUGUGACAGGCCUUGAGGCUUCCACCCCAUAUAGAUUUCGACUAAAAGUCAUUAGUUCUACAGGAAAUUGUGCCUACAGCCCAAUUGUGACAGUUUCUACAACACGGGAACCAAAAUAUGGAAAACAUCUGCACUGCGCUGUAAUUAAAAAUGACAUAGAGGAAGUAUGUCAUAUUCUGCAGUCAGGAAAUAUGAAGGUGGAUGUUCUUGAUGAGGGUGGGUUCUCUCCACUUAUGUUAGCUGCUCAGAAAGGAUACCAAAGAAUAGUGGAAAUUCUGAUAAAAUCCGGUGCUGAUGUUAAUCAGAAAAAUGGCAGUGGUAAAGACAGCUUAAUGCUAGCCUGUUUUGCUGGGCACCUGGAUGUGGCGAAAUGUCUUCGGAGAUUUGGAGCUACGUGGGAAUCCCAAGACAAUGGGGGUUCAUCUGCCAUACACUGGGCUACAGAUGGGGGACACCUCAAUAUGAUUGAAUGGAUGAUAAAUGAAGGUUGUAAGGUUGACAUCACUGAUGGACAUUUACUGUGGACACCACUCAUGCGGGUUGCCGUCCUGAAUGGCAGUACUGAGGUUGCUUCUCUUUUAAUUAAAGCUGGUGCAAAUGUGAAUAUCCAAGACAAGAAAGGAACAACACCACUAAUGGUGGCAGUGCUCAAUAGCUAUGAAAACCUGGUCCAACUGUUGCUGAAUAAUGGGGCUGAUUCUGCUGUAAAAAAUAAGUAUGGUACAAGUGUCCUAGAGAUGGCCAAAUCCUUUAGCACAGAGAAUGUGAUCAGUCUACUUGAAGAGUAUGGAAGACGAGAAUUUACAAGAUGAAGGGAGACUCGGGAAAUACUCAGGAGAUUGGGAACAUCAAAGGCAAAUCUCAUUCCAAAAAAAUGUUGGAAAUAUGCAACAGGUCAGGAUGCAUUUGUGGAGACAGAGUUAACAUUUCACCCUGGAAUGUUAUCUCUAUUACUGUCCAUAGAUGUUGCCUUAUUUGCCUGAGUAAUUUUUUCAGAUUUCCAGCAUCUGCAAUAUUCUGCUUCUGUAUGAGUAUUUCACCCCAAUCACUGUUUUACUCACUGACUAAAUUCUGCUUUUCAAACUUGAAAUCUUACUGGCAAAAAUAAUUAUUGUUGAAGUAUCUGAUUAUUUAUUCAUAAUCCCCUGUAUUUUUAGUGAGGAUGCAAAGUCCUUUUUUUUUCUACUGUUCUGACUGGGCUACGUCAGUUGUCCAUGAGCAUUAGAUGGGAAUGCUAUGUUUCUGCCUGUGUCAUUCUGAAUCAGCUGGAGGAGGCUUGUAACAUAGUUUGGAAUAUAUGUACUUCUAACCAAGCCUUCAGCCAGUGCUCCAACAUUGAUCACCAGUGCUUUUAAGCAUAUUAGCCAAGGCACUUCUUACAGUUGAGAUGUUUUGAUAAGACCUUAAUGAGGCUCACAUUUUUACAAUUAAAGUUGGUCUUGGAUUUCAGUAAGAAAUUGAAAAUAAGGUAAGAGAAAAUUUUAUUUAACAAAGUGCAGAGCAAAUCAUUGGCUGACAGACAUAAAU